AUGGCAAGACUCAAAGCAGAAAUCACCUCUUUUGAACAAAAAGAAAGCGAAUAUCUGUACGAGGCUUGGGACCGAUUUAAGGGAUUACUCAGGAAGUGUCCUCAACAUGGAAUUGAAGCAUGGGAGAAAGCAAGAAUCUUUUUCCAAGGGAUGACGCCCAACACAAGAACACUGGUAAAUGCUGCUGCAGGAGGCUCCCUGAAGACAAAAACUCCAGAGGAAGCGCUAGAAUUGUUGGAAUCCUUAGCUUCUCAAGAAUUUGACAAUGCCCUAGUUGCACAAAGAAGAGAAGGAAUUAUGAAGCACGACGGCUAUGAUGCAAUCUUAGCCCAAAAUGAACAAAUGCUGCAAAUGCACAAGAAACAACAAGAACAAUUAGAUGCUCUUACAAAACAAUUUAAUCUUGCUCAAGUUUCUUCUGUUAGUAAUUCUCAAAGUAAAUGUGGUAUUUGUGCAGAGGCUCAUGCAACUGAAGAUUGUGACUACAUGAGAACAACUGAAAAGUCACCAGCAGAGGCCAAUGAAAUCUAUAACACUUCUGAGUGGGAGAAAGCUUUUGCACAACUAUGCAAGACCACUUCUGAUUAUAUUCAAGGUGCAAAUGCUUUCAGAGAGGACACAUCUGCUUUCAUGCAAGAGAAUAGAGCAGCACGCCGGAAUCAAGAAGCUUCCAUAAGAAAUCUGGAAAUUCAGAUUGGCCAGUUGUCAAAGCAAUUUUAUGAGAGAGCUCCGGGUACUUUUCCAAGCGACACAGUUGUCAAUCCAAGGGAGCAUUGCAAUGCUAUCACCACUAGGAGUGGGACAGUGAUUCAGCCUAUAGAGGAGCAGCCCGAAGAAAAGAAGAAUGAUGGAGAAGCAUCAGUUGAAGAAGAGAAUAAAGAAAAGGAAAAGGAUACAAAUGAAGUUGACAAAAGCAAUCCUGAAAAAGUAGAAAAGAAACUAUUCAAUUGGGAGAAUAAGAAAGCUCUAGAAAGACAGAACAAGCCAUUGGAUCUCUCCCCAUAUGCUCGAAUCCCUUAUCCUUAG